AUGUGCAUUGCCGCAUGGCAAGGCUUGCUUUGGCUCCUGGCCUUGGAGUGGCAGUCGGCGAAGUCGGCGCAAGCAGGUUUCGUGAGUUCCGUCACGGAUCUCCAAGACGCCGAUCUCUGCGGCAACUGUGCCGUCGUCGAGCUUCGAAAGUCUUAUGCUCUACGGUUCCCGAGUUCCCGAUCCUUUCAACAUUUGUUGGCCUUGCACGUUCGGCAUGCUUUGUCACGGCCCAAACAGGACGAAAGAUUGAAAAGAACAAGGAUUGUUUACAUGGAUGAAGCUGCACGUAAUGGUUCCAAGUUUCAAGUUUCGUUUUCGUAUGGACACGGUGUCACAUUUAUAACAUGUGGGCCCUUGGUGCAGCUUUGA